AUGGGGGCAGUUCUGGAAACUGUUGCAAGAGUUAAGCCCAAGAAAAAUGACACUAAGGAGGACAAGUCAUUUCAACUACAUGAUGUUUUCAAUUUGGAAAGUGAGAAUCCAGGAGAAGAUAUGCCAACGUUGAUAGAUCGAAAGGAUAAUGUCUUUAUUAUCUCAAAUCCCAAGUCAAAGUAUCCUGUGCUGCAAUUAGAUUUAAGGUUGAUAUCAGAUCUUGUAGUUGUCAUUGUCUCUGCAACUUGUGGUGGCAUCGCAUUUGCUUGUGCUGGACAACCAGUCAUUACUGGAUAUUUGCUGGCAGGAUCUGUUAUUGGACCUGGGGGCUUUGGUUUUGUUAGCGAAAUGGUGCAAGUUGAAACGGUAGCUCAGUUUGGUGUUAUUUUUCUUCUUUUUGCUUUAGGAUUGGAGUUCUCUACGAACAAGAUUCGUGUUGUUCGAGCAGUUGCAGUUUGCGGAGGCUUGAUCCAAAUAUUGCUGUUUAUGUGCUUGUGUGGGAUAACAGCCUUUUUAUCUGGUGGUGAAGCUUCUGAAGGGGUAUUUGUUGGUGCAUUCUUGUCUAUGUCAUCCACAGCUCUUGACUGUGCUGUUGGUUUGCUGUUUGCGCUGCUCCCAGUUUUGGGUGGUACUGCUGGAAUUCUUCAAGGAGUUAUAUCUAUGACGAAAUUGAUGGUGGUUUUGAUUGCAUUUUUGGCCAUUUUGUCAAUAGCAUCUCGUACUUGUGUACCUUGGUUUCUGCAACUGAUGAUUAGGCUAUCUUCACGGACCAAUGAACUUUAUCAAUUGGCAGCAGUGGCUUUUUGCUUACUAGUUGCGUGGUGUAGUGAUAAGCUGGGUCUAAGCCAAGAACUAGGGUCCUUUGCCGCUGGAGUGAUGAUAUCAUCAACUGAGCUUGCUCAACGUACACUAGAACAAGAGGGGCAUAACCCUAGGAGCUCAUGGAAGUAUGUGAAUGAAGAUAUGGUUUAG